AGGAAAUCUGCAUACAAGUUCUUGAACCCAUUAACCAUUUCCGCCGAUUCCAUGAUUUUCCGACACAGUAACCACUAAUUCAAGAAAAAUCCUUACUCGACAUGGGAAAACUUCCGUGCGCACUUCUCUUCUUCCUCCUCUUCACAAACUCCGCAUUCUCUUGGAAAAAGGAGGAGUUCCGGAACUGCGAUCAGACCCCAUUCUGCAAACGCGCCCGAUCCCGACAACCCGGCGCGUGCUCGUUAACCGCCACCGACAUCUCCAUCUCCGGCGGCGAUCUCGUCGCUAAACUCGUCGCCAAAGAAACCAAUCAAGAAACCCCCACGAAGCCACUUGUUCUCAAGAUAUCCGCCUACCAAGAUGGGGUAAUGAGGCUCAAGAUCGAUGAGGACCAAGAUUUAAACCCUAGGAAGAAACGAUUUGAGGUCCCCGAUGUAAUUGUACCAGAAUUCUCCGACAAGAAGCUAUGGCUACAGAGCUUGAAAGAAGAAGAAGAAGAAAAUUCAGGUUUAAUUUCGGUCGUACAUUUAUCAGAUGGGUACGAGGGUGUAAUUAGGCACGACCCUUUUGAGGUUUUUGUGAGGGAGAGGGGUAAAAAUGGGAAAAAGGUGCUGUCUUUAAACUCGAACGGCUUGUUCGAUUUCGAACAGAUUAAGGAUAAGAAAGAUGAAAACGAGGAUUGGGAAGAAAAAUUCCGAACACAUACGGACUCUAGGCCGUAUGGGCCGCAGAGCAUCAGCUUCGAUGUGUCGUUUUACGGAGCUGAUUUCGUGUAUGGCAUUCCCGAACAUGCCACUAGUUUAGCUCUAAAGCCGACUAGUGGGUCCGGAGUGGAAGCUUCCGAGCCCUAUAGGCUUUUCAAUCUCGAUGUGUUCGAGUACAUUCACGAUUCGCCUUUCGGUUUAUACGGAUCGAUCCCGUUCAUGAUUUCGCAUGGGAAAUCGCGUGGAAGUUCCGGGUUUUUCUGGCUCAAUGCUGCCGAAAUGCAGAUAGACGUUUUCAACGGUAACAAUUCGAACGAGUUCUUGAAGUUGCCUUCCGAUCAGAAGAGGAUCGAUACGUUGUGGAUGAGCGAAGCUGGUGUGGUGGACGCGUUCUUUUUCGUGGGUCCCGCUCCGAAGGACGUUGUUCGACAGUACGCGAGUGUGACGGGCCCCACCGCUUUGCCGCAGCUGUUUUCCAUUGCUUACCAUCAGUGCAGGUGGAAUUAUAGAGACGAGGAGGAUGUAUAUAACGUGGACUCUAAAUUCGACGAGCAUGAUAUUCCUUAUGAUGUUUUGUGGCUCGAUAUCGAGCAUACGGAUGGGAAGAAGUAUUUCACGUGGGAUAAGAUGCUGUUUCCGAACCCUGAGGAGAUGCAGAAUAAGUUGGCUGCGAAGGGGAGGCGCAUGGUAACUAUUGUGGACCCUCAUAUUAAACGGGACGACUCGUAUUUUAUCCAUGAGGAGGCUUCGAAGAAGGGCUAUUAUGUGAAGGAUAAAACUGGGAAUGAUUUCGACGGGUGGUGUUGGCCUGGUUCCUCGUCGUAUUUGGAUAUGGUGGAUCCGAAGAUUAGGUCUUGGUGGGGCGAGAAAUUCUCGUGCAAGAAUUACGUGGGGUCCACUCCGUCUUUGUAUAUCUGGAACGACAUGAACGAACCUUCCGUGUUCAACGGGCCCGAGGUUACGAUGCCGAGAGAUGACCCUAAGCCACCUGCUAAGACUCGAGGAAACCUCUGGAUGGAAUUUCCGUCCGACGAGAAGACAUUUAGCAACGACGAGGCGUUUAUGGUCGGAAACAGUCUUUUGGUACAAGGAAUAUACACCCAGGGAGCUAAACACGCUGAGGUGUAUCUACCUGGGUAUCAGCCUUGGUACGACUUUAAAAACGGGAAUUCUUACAAGGGUGGAGAAACGUAUAAGCUCGAUGUUUUGGAAGACAGUGUGCCUUCUUUCAUACGGGGUGGUACCAUAUUACCAAGAAAGGACAGAUUUCGACGUAGCUCUACUCAAAUGGCAAAUGAUCCUUACACUCUGGUUAUAGCUCUAAAUCAGUCCAUGUCAGCAGAAGGAGAGCUAUACAUAGACGACGGUAAAAGCUUCGAAUUCCAGAAAGGCGCGUACAUACACCGCCGCUUCACAUUCUCAAACGGAAAGCUCACUUCUUCGAAUAUGAGGCCCGACGAUACGACAGCUGGCGACCGCAAAUUUGAAACGGAGUCCACCGUGGAGAGAAUAAUACUGUUGGGCUUAUCCAAUGCACCUAAAAAUGCCGUUAUUGAACCGGCCAAUCAGAAGGUAGAGAUUGAGAUGGGCCCACUCCUGCUUCGGGGAGGAAGAGGCCUGUCGGUCCCGACUAUUCGCAAGCCUGAUGUAAGGAUUGGUGAUGACUGGACCAUUAAACUUUUGUGAGAAUCUUCUUGAAGGAUGGAAUAUUCCUUUUUCUAUAAUUUUUGAACUCCUAAAGUAAUUUUAUCACUCUGGACAACAAUUUUUAAUACCAGAAGAAUAUUCUGCACCUUCUUUUUGUGGUAACUUUUUAGUAUCUAUAG